AUGACCAAAAACGUGCGAGGUGUCAACAUCAACAUUUUUGCACACGCCCUUAAAACAGUGAGAUAUUUAUUAAGUCUGAAAGUCAAACCAAAGCUUACAAAAGAAGAAGUUUUACAUAUGUUGACUAAAUGCCCUGACAUUAUUGCAAGCUGUAGCCUGAAGUCAAUCGAAACAAAAGUCAACUUCUUAGAAAAAGUUUUAAAGUUUAAUGACCAGCAACUUAGAAAUAUUCUUCUUAAACAACCAACUGUUUUGACAUUCAGUACAGAAUCAAUGMAAUCAAAGUUUGCCUAUUGCAAUGAUUCACUGAAUGCAAGUCGCUCUAGCAUYGCAAGGUGUCCAAGGGUUUUUCAGUGUUCACUACAAAGAAUAAAAGAGAGACAUCAGUUUUUACUUCAAGUUGGACGUCUUAAAGAGGAAAUGAUGUUGGAUGACUAUGGUCUUGGUCUGAUCGCAACAAAAACUGAUAAAUAUUUUGCUGAAAAGGUGGCACUGAGUACAUUGGAUGAGUUUGUUGAGUUUAGACAAUCUCUGUUAGAUUGUGAAGAUGAAUGAUGGUAAUAAUGAAAUUCUCAAAUGAUUUCAAGAAUAAUAGAGGAAAAUGAGUAAAUACUCAAAUUCCGUAGUUAAAUGUCAAUAAUAUCUUUCACUAUUUCAUCUAAAUAAUACUACAAAACAAGCAGAUCUGAACAUUAAGAAUGCUUAACUGGUGUUGACCAAUAUUCUAUAUUCCUUUAAUUUAAAACAAUAUCUGAAUUCUUGUUUUUGGAACUAUUAAACUUUUCUCACCAUGAUCAAAAAUGGUUCACCCCUACGGUUGUCACAAUUAUAAAACAAAUAAGUAUUUCCAAAUAUUCAGUUUUGUAUUUGCUUUACA